AGACCCGGAUGUUUGUAAUUGACGCACGCUCGUGAUGUUGUAACUCUGAUUUCCGUAACUGUAAGAGGGUCACGUUUGUAGUGUAAGCUCAGGAAGAGUUCAUUCAUUUGUUAUAGACAUCUUCAACAUCUGUUUUCACACAGGGUGAAAAUGCUGAGGACGGUGGUGUGUCGGGCAGGGAGCGGCCUUUUAAAGCAUUCGCGUCAAACAGUGCCUGUGUUGUGGGGGACUCGAGCUCAGCAGCGAUGGGCCUCCAGCCUUCCCAUGAACACUGUGGUUCUGUUCGUUCCCCAGCAGGAGGCUUGGGUAGUGGAGCGGAUGGGCCGUUUCCACCGGAUCCUGGAACCAGGUCUAAACUUCUUAAUUCCAAUCUUGGACAGAAUUCGAUAUGUUCAAAGCCUCAAAGAGAUCGUGAUAGAUGUGCCGGAGCAGUCAGCAGUUUCCCUCGACAAUGUGACCUUGCAGAUAGAUGGAGUUUUAUACCUCAGGAUACUGGACCCGUUUAAGGCCAGUUAUGGCGUGGAGGACCCAGAAUAUGCCGUCACCCAGCUGGCACAGACCACCAUGAGAUCAGAGUUGGGAAAACUGACCCUGGACAAAGUGUUUAGGGAAAGAGAGUCCCUGAAUUCCAAUAUUGUCCACUCGAUAAACCAGGCAUCAGAUGAUUGGGGGAUUCGAUGUCUUCGAUACGAGAUCAAAGACAUUCACGUUCCUCCACGGGUAAAAGAGUCCAUGCAAAUGCAGGUUGAGGCCGAGAGGAAGAAGAGAGCGACUGUCCUGGAGUCCGAGGGACACAGAGAGGCGGCCAUCAAUGUGGCGGAGGGGCGCAAACAGUCUCAGAUUCUGGCGUCUGAGGGACAGAAGGCCGAACAGAUUAACAAAGCUGCUGGAGAAGCAAAUGCUGUUUUGGCUAAAGCUGAGGCCAAGGCCAAAGCCAUCCGGCUGCUGUCCGAGGCGCUCACUCUGCAGAAUGGAAAUGCUGCGGCAUCGUUAAGUGUGGCCGAACAGUACGUCUCUGCUUUCUCCAACCUGGCCAAGGAGUCCAACACCAUCUUGCUGCCCUCGAACACAGGAGACAUCAGCAGCAUGGUCACUCAGGCCAUGACGAUUUAUGGGAAUUUAUCAAAGACACGAGCUCCGAGCACAGCAGACAUCGCGACCCCCGAGGCCUGGGAAGCAAAUACAGUGUCUGAAACUGAAACUGCACAGAAAGAGGUUUGAGUCUCAUUCUGGGACAAAAGACACAAACUGAUACCGAUUCUGUUUGUAGAGGACUGAUGUGAUAAUAAAAUUGUGAUGAUAAAAUACCUGAAGCACUAUGGUGUUCUGUAAUAACUACACAAAGAUUUUAUUGUGUGUGUUAUGUUUUGUUUCUGUCUGUUAUAAUAAGUCUGGGAUGUUUUGUUUCUAGUUCUUGUAAAAUUAAAGGCCCUUCACCAUUA